AUGCCUCCGGAGCUUGCCAGCAUGCUCCGUGUACGGACCUACGCUGUUAGCACCGUGGAGACACCGGAGCUCAAUCUAACGACUGCACUCCGCAUCGGCAUUACGGAUAUCCGGGUUCCUGUUGACUGUCCACCGUGCCUAGUGUACAAUGCACACGUGUUUCGUCCGACUCGGCGGGGAAAGGCGACUUACGAUUGUGAUACGUCCUGGCUUUCUCAUCCAGUAACACAAUCAACUCUCGACUUGAGCAGCCUUCCGUUGCAAAUUACUCCCCAUAAAGUUCUAUCGCUACACUCUCCGACAACUACUAUCACGAUGAUGAACCUCACUCUGCCACACUCGCGACUUGCUCACUCUUCGACUGCGAGCAUACAUACGUCAUCAUCUGCCUCGUCUUCUUCAGUGAGGCUAUCUGUGCCAUUUGGCCUUCGUCGCUCUUACGAUUCGGAAUCUGCGAACAAGAGUUCCGAUUCAUUCCAAUACUCCGAAAUCAAUCCCUCGCGCAUUUAUGCUGAGGACAUGGAUGACGACAAUAUUGCGUGGGGUCCUGUAUCCCACAAGAAGAGGCGUUCAUGA